UGACGCGGAACGUAAACCAGUGGCCGGUGACUUCGAUGAUAGUAAGUUGUGCGCGGGUGACAAAUGAAGAGUGACAUGGAGGGACCGGAUCGCCAUCUCGCGGACGAGUACGUCCAGGAGUUCGUACUGGAUCACCUGGAGGGAGUUGCGGUGAAACGGGAGACCAACAACAACACCGAGGAGGACCCCAGGGAGAUGCGAGCGGUGCCGACAGCGCAGAGGUUGCCGCCGAUGCCGAUCUGCGGACCGCCGAUUAUACCGUCACCUCCACACCUCCUUACACCUCCAGCACACCAGGCAGACCACGGACACCCCGGGUACCAUCAACAGUACAUCCAGCACGCGCAGAACAUGGUGGUCCACACCCAGAACGGCGUGGUCGUCAGCGCCAUCAAACAGAACAGUCUGGUGAUGUACCCAAACACACCAGGCACUCCGCCAGACACUCCACCUAUCUCAAUGUCUCCAAACCUGUCCGCCAGUCCACCGGGACACUUCCACGUGGACCAGCCGCAUAUGCACAAGCCGCCGGGGCUCAUGGACGAUAUGGUGUGGCUGACGCAAUCGCUUCGUCAAGAACCUUUGGAUCUUCGCCCCACACUGCCCUGCGGCGAGAUAGAGGAUUGGCAUCAGCAGAAGCGGAUGCAGCAUCCCGACUACUUGCAUCAGCACGAGGAGGAUCUCUGCAUGAGACCGAUGAGUGUAAGCAGCAGCGUAGUCUCUCCCAUGCAGCACCAGCGGCACAUGAGUGGAGAACAAGACAUCAUCAGCGAUGAGAUGUUGACCCACCUGUCAGUCCGGGAAUUGAACAAGCGUCUGCACGGACUGCCUAGAGAAGACGUGGUGCGUCUGAAGCAGAAGAGACGCACUCUGAAGAACCGCGGGUACGCUCAGAACUGUCGUAGCAAGAGACUCGUGCAGCGGCACGAGCUGGAGCUCAACAACCGUCAGCUACAAGGGGAGAUCCACAGACUCCAGGUGGAGUUGAACCACGUGAGGGGAGAGCUGAACUUGUACAAACACAGGUACGAGACUCUGCAAGGGCAACUGAGGAUGGACGGCAGCGACGGAGUCCCCAGCACCGGCCAUUCCAACCCGUCCUCCCCGGAGCUCUUCUGACGCCAUCGCAGGGCCGCCUGGAGUUGAGCCUCCGUCUACCGGAGGUUCAUCUACCCGCGGACCUACAGCAAUGCGACGGCAACGUGAGUUGUGCCUACCUUCACGUGAGUUAUCAGUGUAUAUACAGUAACAGAGACUAACCAGUGACAGCUCGGACACUUUCAACCUUCAAAAUCCAACCUUGUAUGUAAUGUAAAUAGGUGUAAAUUGAUUAGCAAUAGACAUUUUAUACGUUAAUUAGUUUUAAAGUUUUGGGAUCGAAAGGAGUGUCAGGGAAUGUGUCCAAUAUAUAAACGUAUAAUUUCUGAGACAUGUUGAAAAUAGUUGUCUCAGUAAGACCCAUUAAAACAUAGUUUUACCGAUUUUAGAAGAUAAUAUAACUAAAUAUCAAUAAUAAAUAAAAAAUCAUUAUUUCAGUGAUAAUAAUCCUUGAAUGUCCCUUUCGUAGAUGUAGACGACUACAAUUGAAUCAAACUUCAGAUAAAUGUAGUAAAAUUAUUGUUUUGUCAUUCAUUUUACAGCAAAAAUGACUUACUUCCAAUAAUAACUUAUACCUCAUAUCAAGUACGUAUUCAAUAGUAGAAUACAAAUAUCAGCUUUUAAAAAUCUAGUCUCAAAGGGAUCAUGUUUUGUUAAACCUGGUGAAAUAAACGUUAAAAUAUCCAAAUUAGCAUUAUAAGACAAUUUUCAUUCUUCUAAUUUUUCCCCUUAUAUAUUAAAACAUACUUAUAUAUUACCCCAAAACGUGUGCCAUAGGACUCCUGGCACUCCUAUCCUCAAAUUAUCUUUUGUUAAGAGUUAUUCAGUCGUACCAACCGUCUUCGGUUCACCGCAUUUAUUAGGUUUUGUUUGUCCGUUAUAUUGGCAACAGUGGUAUGGUAGAUUGUGAAAUUGUAAACCAACACAAGGUUGUGUGUACAUACCUUAAGAUGUUUUGACUACUUAAGUGAAGUAGGGCAUUAAAUCAGGGCAUUCCCGUUGGGAAUCUAUAGCUUCGAAACCCUUUCAGGCCAUAAUGAAUGCAUAUCGAAGAUUUUCGUUAUUUAAAAUUAAACUGCCUGUUGCCAAUACGGUUCAAGUAUUUUGAUACCCUUGUAGAUCUUAGGUAUUAUUUUAUUGUUUAUGGAUUUAGUUGAUUUUAUCUCGAUUACUGCCCUGUACAGAACGUUUUUAACAAUUCUGCAGAGUACAGUAUAUGCUGAAUCGCACUAUAGUAAUUUGCUCAUGAUUUUUAACACGGCUGCAACUGGAAGUAAAACUCAUUAGAAAAUCGUUGUGCCAUGACGAAUAAAAACCUAUAUCAAUCCAGUUAUUAACUUGUGUUAAUUAAUUAACUUGUUUACCAUUGCGCCAAAGAGCUUUAAGGAUAGAGUGGCGUUUUGUAUAUUACUUUGCUCGAUUUUAAACCAAAUAUGUAUCUUUAAGUUAAGCGUAGUUUGUUUACUUAUUCAUUUUUGCACGUAACUAUAAUUUUUAUUUGAAGUCCUCACUGUUUACUAUUAGUUGGCCUAACCUUUCUAGGAGAUAAGAAAGUUUUAUUCAUUUUUUAUAUUUUAGGCACAAUGGGGCUCUAACAUUACAGGGAAGAUUGAGUUUUUUGUUUUUGUUUUGAGCAGGUGAUGUGUACAGGAAUGUAGAUGGACUAUUUUCAAAGAUUGUUAGAGUUACCAUUUUGUUACCAAUCGAGUAUCAAUUAAAAAUGUUUCGAUUA